AUGCAGGGUUCACCUGUGGACCUCUGGGUGCAGCCUGGAGGUGGUUCUGAAAAAUCCCCUGACAAGGCAGUUGAAGAAGCAACAUCAGGGAGGUUAAUUGCCGUUACGUCGAUCCUUGAGGCACCAGACUUGUCUUUUGCCCAAGGGGGCCUGGAUAUUCGGUGGCAUGAAAAAUGGGGCGAGCUGAUUCUGGACCCCUCGGAAGAUCCCAUAGCCCGUCCCAUCGGUACAAUCAAAGGACAGCAGGACGAAACCUCAGUUGUAAGCACACCAGAACUACAACCACCGUCCCGACCCAAUGGCUACCCCGCGGAAUCGGAAUUGGGAACCGCCAAGACAUUACUGCAGCAGGGCUGGUCGAGACUGCAGGAACUGGAUUCCGUCGCUGCAGUUGACGGUACCCCCGAUGAAGAGUUCAGCAGCAAUUGA